CUUAGCAAUAAUCGAAAGUUCUUAUGACUUAAAAGAUUACAAUGUUACUUAAAAGUUAAAAAUAUGUGCUUAAAGUGUAUCCGCAAUAAAGUCCUGCGAUAUUCAGAAUGUAAUUUUAUACACUUGAUAUUGCUUGAAAUUACUUGUUAUCAUUCUCACUCUAACGUGUACGCUUUAUAAUGGAAGUUAUGCCUUUUUAAAUAUUUUUCAAUACCUUCUUUAGAAUAAAUAUUCCUACUUAUAAAUAUGUAAAUAUGGAUACACCAUCUGAGAACUGGGACCCAGCACUUACUCGUCUAUUGAGCUCACUGAAGGAAGUCCAGUCAGGCGGUGAAGAUGUAGCUUUUUUGAGUGAACUUCUACAGUCGAGGCAGCUUCAUGCAUUAGUUCAAGUUCACAACAAGAUUGCAGCAAAAGGAAAGGAUGACAAAUUCUUCCCACUGCUGUCAAAUGCUAUGCAAGUCACACUCGAAGUUCUAGAUUUGUUGGGCAAUGUGGUGUCUGUCUCCAACGAAUAUCAAGAUCUUCUGAGUGUAUUACAGAAACCACACUUCCAGGCAAUAUUAUGCACACAUGAUGCUGUGGCGCAGAAAGACUACUACCCCCACCUGCCCGAUGUGCCAUCAGAUCCAGAUGAAGAAGAGGAAACAGUCAAAAUUGUUCAACUAGUGAAGAGUGAUGAACCCCUGGGUGGAGCCCAGAGUGCCGAGCCAAUCGUGGGCGCGACGAUCAAAACGGACGAGGAGACGGGGAAGAUCGUGAUAGCGCGCGUGAUGCACGGCGGCGCGGCGGACCGGUCGGGGCUCAUCCACGCCGGCGACGAGGUGAUCGAGGUCAACGGCAUCACGGUCGAGAACAAGACGCCCGCCGACGUGCUCGCCAUUCUGCAAAGCUCGGAAGGCACGAUAACUUUCAAACUGGUGCCGUCCUACGGCAAGGGCGGUUCGCGCGAGAGCAAAGUGAGAGUGCGGGCCCUAUUCAACUACAGUUCGGCCGAAGACCCCUAUAUCCCUUGCAAGGAAGCGGGGCUCAACUUCAAGAAAGGUGACGUUUUGCACAUCGUGUCACAGGAUGACGCCUACUGGUGGCAAGCGCGCCGCGAGGGGGAGCGGAUCAUGAGAGCAGGGCUAAUACCAUCGCGGGCCUUGCAAGAAGGUCGGAUCAUACAUGAAAGGCAAACCGACCCACAGACAAUGGACGGCAAGCCUGCGCUGUGCAGCCCGACGGGCGGCGGCGGGGACUGCGCGCCGCAGACGCCCUGCUCGCCGACGCCGACCGGCACCGCGCUGCUGCCCUGCAAGUCCGUGCCCAAAGUGAGGAAGGUCAUAUACGACAUCACGGAGAACGACGACUUCGACCGAGAGGUGAUACCGACAUACGAGGAGGUGGCGCGGCUGUACCCGCGGCCGGGGCUGGUGCGGCCGCUGGUGCUGGUGGGCGCGCCGGGCGUGGGCCGGAACGAGCUCCGCCGCCGGCUCAUCGCCACCGACCCCGACAAGUUCGUCACCCCCGUGCCGUACACAUCCAGACCGCCGAAGGCAAGCGAGCAGAACGGCAAAGAGUACAUGUUCGUGACGCGAGAAGCGAUGGAGAAGGACAUCGCGGACGGCAAGUUCAUCGAGCACGGCGAGUACAAGGGCAACCUGUACGGCACCACCGCGGAGAGCGUCGAGACCAUCAUCAACUCAGGUCGCGUGUGCGUGCUGAGCCCGCACUGGCAGGCGCUGAAGAUGCUGCGCACGGCGCGGCUGCGGCCCUACAUCGUGUUCGUGCGGCCGCCGCCGCUCGAGCGGCUCGUCGCCACGCGCGCCGCGCACCACGCGCGCUCCACCUUCGACAAGGAGAGCUCCCGCGCCUUCACGGAGGAAGAGUUGGACGACAUGCUCCGGUCGUCGAACCGCAUCAACUUCCUGUACGGCUACAUGUUCGACGAGGAGAUCGUGAACGACGAGCUGGCCGGCGCGCUCGCGCAGCUGCUCAAGGCCGCCUGGCGCGUGCAGUCCGAGCCGCUCUGGGUGCCCGCCUCCUGGGUGCAGUAG